AUGCAACUCAACGAUGCGAUUUUUCUGAAUUCCUCGGUAAUUUGCGCGAUUUUUAUAAACACUGUCCUAAUACUUUUGAUACUCAAAAAGUCGCCAGCAUCUCUUGGAGCCUAUAAGUAUCUUAUGAUUUAUAUAAACAUUUUUGAGCUAACCUAUGCGAUUUUGUAUUUUGCGGAGAAACCGAUUAUGCUUACAAAAGAGUCUGCAUUUUUAAUAAUCAUGAACUGGAGAGAAUCUAUUUUUCCGAAAUAUGCAGCGUGCACUCUAAAUCUGCUUUUUAUUGGCUUCUUUGGUAUGUCAGUUGCUAUUCUGGCCCUUCAUUUUAUUUAUCGAUACCUCAGUAUCACAAAGAGCAAUCUAUUGAAAACAUUCGAUUCGUGGAAAAUUGUGCCAUGGUUUAUGAUACCAUUGCUGAACGGAAUAACAUUUAUGUGUACAGCCGGAUUUUUAAUGCGGGCCGACGAGCAAACUGAUCGAUUCAUAAAUGAAAACUAUCCACCACUUGUCAAAAACCUCUCAACUAUUAAUGAUCUCUACUAUGUGGGGCCAUUGUUCUGGCCCAAAUACGCCAACUCAAUGACCGAGCAUUUUUUCAGUUGGAAGGCUGCAAGGUCAUGUCUGAUUGCAAUGGGCUUAAUUGGAUUUUCCAACUCAAUUAUGGUGUUCUUCGGUCUAAAAGCUUAUUUGGUAAUGAAAAACUUGAUGUCACAGUCAACUUCUUCUGACAAGUUCAAAAGCAUUCAGCAGCAAUUACUACUUGCUCUAAUUCUGCAAACGUCGAUUCCAGUCCUCUUGAUGCAUAUUCCUGCAACCGCGAUUUACCUGACAAUAUUUAUGAGAAAGUCGAACGAGAUUAUAGGAGAAACCAUUGGGUUGACAAUUGCAAUGUAUCCUGCGCUGAAUCCUAUUCCAACGAUUUUAAUUGUCAAAAACUACCGGACUGUGUUGAUUAAUAUACUGGCUUAUGCCAAACGUCGAGUAUUCCGACAAACUGCGGUGACUCCACUUGUGCUGGCGGAUGUAACAACAAUCGCUAUGCAAAAUUUGGCCCCGAACUAG